AGGCGCGUGUAAAAGACAGCUAUUUCCGGUGAUGGCGUUGGGUCCUAACGGUGUGGCGCUAAGAGCUUAGACUGCAGACAUGUCUGGGAGAGAAGGUGGUAAGAAAAAGCCCCUCAAACAGCCCAAGAAACAGUCAAAGGAUGAAGAUGAGGCAGAUGCCGCUUUCAAACAAAAGCAAAAAGAAGAACAGAAAAAAAUGACUGAGAUGAAGGCGAAAGCUGCAGGAAAAGGACCUCUUACUUCUGGUGGUAUUAAGAAGUCAGGCAAAAAAUAACCUUUGAAGAUCUAAAAGAUUGCUUUGGGGUCCAGUCUCCUGUCCUGUAGUUUAACUUUGCUUACUUUUUUGUUUUCUGCAACAACUGUAUAUUUGUUUGAGGUCAUAAUAAAGUAGUUUUUUUUUAAA